AUGGAAGAAGAAAUUGACGAGCAUUUUAUUUAUAGACUAAAUGAUAAUGGUUCGGGACCUAGUCUUCUAAUAAAGGUUUGCGCUGAACGCGGAUGGCGUAUGUACCAAGGCUAUAACGGCGGCGAAGAUAGGUGGAACCUCUGGUGGAGGACGAGCGCCUUCCCGGCUGCGUGCUACAAGGCUCUUGGGGACUGGCAGUUUAUGAACCACAUUCCGAAAGGUGGAUCAAUAUGCCGGAAGGAUAGUCUGUCGCGGCUUUUACGAUGUAUGAGAAGAAUUUAUGGAUCAAUUUAUGAUUUCAGCCCACCAUGCUUCCAUUUGCCAUUGGAAUACGCUAAGUUGGUCUCGGAAUGUUCUCGACUACGGCGUGCCGAAGAUGGUUCAGGAUCUAACGUUGUCUGGAUACAUAAGCCGGUUGCUCAGAGCCAGGGGCGUGGAAUAUUUCUGUUUCGGAGCGUGUGUGAGAUGCGAUGCGGUAGUGCGGCAGUAGUGCAGCGGUACAUAGAACGACCUCUGUUGAUAGCUGGGUACAAGUUUGAUCUAAGGCUUUACGUUUGCGUGCCUGGUUAUCGCCCUCUUACUGCUUAUAUGUAUGCAGAGGGACUAGCGAGGUUUGGGACUGACAAAUACACGCUGUCAGAUAUUCACAAUCCAUACCGACAUUUGACAAAUUCAUCGCUUAAUAAAAGUGGACCAAGAUAUGCAGAAUGCAAGGACAGAAUUGGCAGUGGUUGUAAAUGGACAUUGAAGCAAGUGCGCCGGGCACUAAUAGGUCGGUGGGGUGCGGUGGAAUGGCUCGUAUGGCAACGCAUCCGAGCCCUUGUAACCCUCACCCUUCUAGCGCAAGCAGCCGGCACUCCUCCCGCAAGAAACUGCUUCGAGUUCUACGGAUUCGAUGUGCUUCUUGACGAAUCUAUGAAGCCUUGGUUACUUGAGGUAAAUUUAUCACCAGCUUUGGCAGCGGAUUGUGAGGCUGACGUACUGGUAAAGCAGCCUAUGUUGCACGAGCUUUUUGAUUUGCUUGGACUUCCAAUGCGGCACACCGGUCUCUCGCUUCUGCAAGGACCUUCCACGCAGUUAGCCAACGGCUCAGAGGAUGAAGAGGGUACGGUACGUGAAGUAUCAUCGCGUGUUGAGACUGCAGGAACCCGCCGUGGGCCUCGAUGGCGACGUCGUCGUGCCCUGCCAAUUCACUGCGUCACAUUGCAAGCGCCAAUGGCUGACAAGUACACGGAUAUUAGUGAUAAAAACAUUGCAAUGGGGAGUUUGUAUAAGUCAUCGCCAGAGACAGCUUCAGAAAGUUCCGAUUCUCAGUCGACAUCUGGUACGGUUCUUACGGCGUCGGAAUGUAUGGACGAAAGCUGGCGAGGAGGGUACGCCACAGCGGCAAGCCGUAAGAGAAUGAUCAGCGCUUGCACGUGGGGGAAUGGUGUGCGUUGGGAUCGUGGGAUAGGACGCGUCGGGCAAUGGGUUCGGAUAUACCCCCAUACACUGCCUGACGAUGAUCAACAAUUAUCGAUGGAAGAUGCGAGAGAAAGUGUGGCUCACGUAUCAAAGUUAAUACGGGCGGCGAGGGAGGUGGUGAAAGAAAGCGGGCGUGAUAUCCGCGCCCCCCGGGACAGCGGACGAGAUACUGCCUUCGAGGCCUCGCUUCGAAAGAAGCUUGGUUAUGGAUCAAACUUCGAAAUGUGGCUUCCUCCUUUCUAA